GCCCUCCUGGCUUUCUUUGCUGCCCCAGCCUUGACGUUGCAACACGUCGGAGUGCGGGUGAGAUUGGAGACUCUAAAUUGGUCUGCAGCGCGUCUUCCACUCGGGCUCUUUCUCUCCGCGUCGCCUUACGUCCGAACCUUAGGCUCGCUCCUUCCCACAAUAUCCGUUUGUUCAACAUGUCUUGGCAAAGCUACGUGGAAAACCUGAUGGCCGAUGGCAGCUGUCAGGAUAGCGCCAUUGUUGGGUACACGGACGCCAAAUACGUUUGGGCAGCACAUGCCGGCGGCACGUUCAACAACAUCACGUCUCAAGAAAUCGACGUCCUGGUCGGCAAAGACAGGGAGACCUUUUACACCAGCGGUCUCACCCUGGGCUCCAAGAAGUGUUCGGUUCUCAGAGAUAGCCUUCAGGACGACGGGGACUGGACGAUGGACAUCAGGACUAAGAGCCAAGGAGGAGAACCUACUUACAAUAUCUCUGUGGGGAAAGCCGGAAAAGUUUUGGUUUUUGUCAUGGGAAAGGAGGCGGUCCAUGGUGGAACUCUUAACAAGAAAGCAUUUACAAUGGCUGACUACCUGAGAAAGUCUGGAUACUGAGCAACCUCUCCACCCAUCCAUCAACCUAGCACUCCCACUCACCACAUUGUCGAUGCUACUUCCAGGAUUCCCGAAGUCAACUUUUAUAUACAGCGUUUUUCUUUCCCCCCCGACCCUGUUUAAUUUGGGUUUUUUUUUAUAUUAACCCCAGGCUAGAAUUGUGCUACUAAAGUAACAGCAUGAUCAUUCACAUGUUCCAUUGAUUAUGAACCAAAGGGCGUGCAAAGAAAUUUGGACUCUCCUGUGUAUAAAAUUGAGACACAAAAAAAUGUGAACAUUAAAAGGUGGUGCCAGCU